GGGGCGAUGGCGGCCGCCUUGGGUCAGUCUUCUUCGCCCGGUUUCCUCGCCGUGAGUGAGCUUUGCCAGAACGGGCGGGAGACCUUUCUCGAGGCCUCGCGACUGCUCCUUAUCUACGCGGACAACAUCCUCCGGAACCCUUAUGAAGAAAAAUAUAGAUCAAUUAAGAUUGGAAAUCCAGCAUUUUCCACGAGGCUGUUGCCUGUCAGAGGAGCAGUUGAAUGUUUAUUUGAGAUGGGGUUUCAAGAGGGAGAUACUCACCUGGUUUUCCCUAAAGAAGCUUCAAUUGAGCAGCUACGUAAAAUCAGAGACUUAAUUGCUGGAGAGAGGAACAGCAGACUGAAUGAGUCAAAUCAAACCCACAGAACAGGAUCCUCUGAAACUGUGGCCAGCACUCAGACCGCUGCACAUCAGCCUUCAAGACCUGCUGACUCUGUUCUUGCCCCUGCUCGUCAGCAGCCAGAAACAUCACCUGUGCAAUCUCUUGAAGUGGCUGCAAAAAUCUUGAAAAUGCUUCAAACAAAAUUUAAGCAUCUUGUGUUGAUGUAUGAGGAUCCUUCUAUUCAGCAGAAAGCACUAGCUUCUAUUCCCCUCCAGCAAUUGAAAGGGAAGGCUCAGAAAAAGCUAGCACAAGCUACAAGACUGGACAAAGAUGCACGUGUGAAUGAAGACGACUUCUUGUUGUUGGAGCUCUUGGACUGGUUUAAGAAUGACUUUUUUCAUUGGGUAAAUAAUGUUCCUUGCAGCAGGUGUGGUGGGCAGACAGAGCCUAAAAGUGACUACCUGUUGCCCACUGAUGAUGAUCAAAGGUGGAACGUCAGUCGAGUGGAAAAUCAUUACUGCAAGCAAUGUCAGCACUGUAAUAGGUUCCCAAGGUAUAACCACCCCGAAAAACUUCUGGAAACCAGAUGCGGACGCUGUGGCGAGUGGGCUAACUGUUUUACGCUGUGUUGCAGAGCUGUUGGGUUUGAAGCUAGAUAUGUCUGGGACUAUACAGAUCAUGCGUGGACUGAAGUAUAUUCUUCAUCUCAGAAAAGAUGGCUUCACUGUGAUCCGUGUGAAAACGUCUGCGAUAAACCUCUUCUUUAUGAAACUGGGUGGGGAAAGCAGCUCUCCUACAUAAUUGCAUUCUCCAAAGAUGAGGUUGUUGAUGUCACCUGGAGAUACAGCUGUAAGCAUGAAGAAGUACUCUCUAGAAGGACAGCACUCAGUGAAGCUACACUACGUGAAACAAUUAACGCAUUAAAUAAAAGGAGACAACAAUCUUUGUCAGAAAAUAGAAAAAGAGAGCUCUUGGAAAGAACAAUUGUGGAGCUUGUUGAAUUCAUUUCUCCUAAAACGCCUAAACCCGGAGAAUAUGGUGGAAGGACAUCAGGUUCGAUGGCCUGGCGAAUAGCCAGAGGUGAAAUUGGUCCAGAGAAAAGAAAAGAAGUCGUUUUUAUUCCCUCUGAAAAGGAGAAGACGUCUAAACUCUUCCACCUCAUCUACAAUAUAGUAGAAGAUAGUUAUACACGGAUUUCCAAUAAUAAUGAAAAAAUAGGUGGCUGGGAAACAGCUGUAUGGAAGGCAGAGUCUAUCUGGAGAAAGGUGGAAACAGAUUGGAAAAUGGUUUAUUUAGCCCGAAAAGAGGGGUCAUCCUCUGCUUCCGUCAGCUGGAAGUUUGAGUGCAAGUCAGUCGGUCUAAAAAUAGAUAAUGUUUCAGUUAGGACAAGCAGUCAGACAUUUCAGAGUGGAAGAAUAAAGUGGAGACUUCACUCUCCAACAGCAGAAGUUGCUCUGAUAGGAGAUAAAAAUCUUUGCUCCUAUUCAGAUUUUUCUGGUGCAACGGAAGUUGUGUUGGAAGCAGUUCUAAGUGGAGGGGAUGGUGAAGCUGCCUGGCAACACACACAGCUGUUUAGAGACAGCUUAACAGGAUGUGAAGAAAAUUCCUUGGAGAUAAUUAUAACCCUCAGUGACCUCUGAGAACCUGAACUGAAGCGAUGUUCUUUGGAUUCCUUGAAGACGUUAUACCAUGGAUACAACAAGAAAAUUUGGUUGGCAGUUCCUGUUCAUCCUGCUGGCAGCUUAUUUCCUGUUUCACUGCUUCCAUUUAGCCAACUUGAAACUGCACAUGUAUUGAAUAGGUAAACAUCACAAUGAAAACCUCUUUGCUUUAAAAGCAAACACCAAAAUUAAGGGAUUAAACCACUAAAUACCCUUUUCUUAAACCUUAUGAUGAAAAGAAAUCAGUUUUUAGGAAGCAAAAUGUAAUCUUAAGAGCACAGAGCAAUUGUGAUUAAUUUUAAUUUGGAUUUUUGGGGUUGGCUUGCUGGGUUUUUUUUUAAAUAAUCUACUCCUUGGAAAAACAGUUUGAAUUCCAUUUAGAUGCUUGUGAUGAUUUUAAAAUAUUUUAAAGAAUAAUUGAAGACUUAGACAUUUUAAGAGAAAUAUAUGAUUUUACACAAUAGCCAGAAGAGCUGAAAUUAAGAUAAAUAUUGAAGCAUUCUUAGAGUGAUCUUGUGAUAUAUCUAAGUGUUAAACUCUCAUUUAAUACCUAGAAAUGUUUGGAAAUAGGAUGGUGUGCUAGGAAAACGAACACUUCUUUCAAAAUUAGUUUAUUAUGUAAAAUUGUCAUGGCCUGUGAUUGAGACUUAAACCUGAGUAAAAACAUCAGAUUUUUUUUCUAUGAAAAAAUAGAUUAUUCAUUAUAAAUACUUUUUAAUUAAAUAAAUUCAGAUUUGCCCACUUUUAAAAAGAUUUAUUAAGCUUGUAGGUUGAAAUUACUUUUUAAGCUAUUGUCUUGUGUCGCUUUGAAUGCUUUUCCCAAAUUUGAUGUAAAAGUAUAUACCGCUUUUCUGUUACUUAAUGCAGCAUUUAAAUUUCUUUGCAUUGAGUAUAAUAAAACCGGCCACCCAGGAGAUGUCAGAUGUAACAGCGCUGUGAAUAAAGUGAAUGUUCAGAUCAGAUAGUCCUUAUCAGACAAUUUGAGGAGGGCUAUGGAUGGAUUGUACAAGAAAUUUUCUGUUAUAGGACUGUAAUGCAAAGUUCAAACUAUAGUUUUAUUUUAAAAUAAGUGAAAAUCGGGUGAUGUUAUCAAGAUCAGUGUGUUUAAAGCUUUCUGUUCCUUUUUUUUUGACCCGACCACUGUAUUGAUUUGAAAUUAUUGUCAAAAAUAAUUUACAUUGAAAUAAAAGCUUGACUUCUCAACAGAUCUAAGCAAAUAUAGCAGCUACAGCUAACUUAAUAAAAUCAUACACUCAAACA